AAAAAGAAAUCUUAACAGAAUACAAAGUUAAAGCUAUUAGAUAUGAUGAAAUACAAGUAUUUGAUUUUGAAAAUAAGACUGAUACAGAUAAUGGUUGGAUCAUUACAGAUGAAGGCUUAGAAUAG